AAUCUUUCAAUAAAAUGUGAAGAGAAUGCAAAUAUGCAACAUUACCUGUGUAGUAAAAUGUAGACAAUACACAAUUAUUAGCUUAGAACCAAGGGUAAAUCUAUGAAGGGAAAAAAUGACAAACUAACUUAUCUAAUUACAGGAAGAACAGGAAAGAUGCACACAGAGACGGGUGCCUUCUGAUGGUUCCAGUUGGAGGCCUACAGUUGUAGCGAGUGCCCACCCACCCCCUCCCUUUUCCUCUUUUCCUUCCCCCCUCCCCUCCCUCCCUCAUCUGAAUCUCCCCUCCCCUCCCCACCACACAUGUUGUUGUGUACUUGCACUCACUAAUGACAGCGUGGAUCAUCCUCCCCAUUAGCCUCUCUGCCUUCUCGAUCACUGGAAUAUGGAUUGUGUAUGCCAUGGCAGUAAUGAACCACCAUGUGUGUCCUGUUGAGAACUGGUCAUAUAAUGAGUCCUGCUCUGCUGAUUCUGCCAAGCAUGGAUACCCCAAAAGCUGCUGCACCUUGGAGGAUGUCCCUUUGAUCAGUAAAUGUGGCACGUAUCCUCCUGAAAGUUGUCUCUUCAGUCUUAUUGGGAAUGUUGGGGCUUUCAUGGUGCUGGUGAUCUGUUUCCUGCGCUAUGGGCAGCUGAUAGAACAGAGCCACAGUUCCUGGGUGAACACAACUGCGCUGAUCACAGGCUGUACCAACGCUGCUGGCCUGGUUGUGGUCGGCAAUUUCCAGGUGGACUAUGCCAAAUCCCUUCACUACAUCGGAGCCGGUGUGGCCUUCCCGGCAGGCCUGCUUUUUGUCUGCCUUCAGUGUGUCCUCUCCUACCAUGUUGCCAUCUCUGUCCUGGACUUCUGGAUGGCACAUCUACGUGUCUUCCUUACCACUGUGGCCUUAAUUUCCCUUGUCCUGAGUGGAAUCUUCUUCAUCCACGAGAGCUUCCUCCUGCAGCACCUGGCUGCCAUCUGCGAAUGGGUCUUCGUCAUUGACAUCCUCAUCUUCUACGGCACUUUUACCUACGAGUUUGGUGCCGUCUCCAAUGACACCAUGGUGGCUGCGCUGCAGCAUUCGAACAGCAGGGGGUGCAAAUCACCAGGCAGCAGCAGCACCUCAACUCACCUUAACUGUAACCCUGAGAGCAUCGCUAUGAUCUGAGGGAAACGGGUGGGGAUGGUUUUGCUUUUCCAUCCCACAUCCGGCAGCUUUGGUGAGCUGCCUUUUUUUUCCCCCAAUGGGGGAAGAGGGGCUCCUUUCCCUCCUGGGGAUUUUAAUUUUGUACCAAAAGAUUUUUUUUGAAAAGAAAAUUAUUGCUGCCAACACUCCCCUCUAAUUCCCCUCUGUCGUUGCUCAGUGCUGCACUCUUAAGGGAGGAAAGACAGUGCCUAUUUGUCUAAGAGCACUGGAAUGGCAGGAGGCAGAACUCUCAAAUAAGCCCCCACCUAUAUAGCUUGGAUCAUGACAACCUUACCUGAAAACCUGUCCUUGCUGGCAGCUAAGCUUUCUCACCCAACCUACUGCACACACACUCUGGGGGUUUGGACUACAGUUCCCACCAGCAUGGCCUGGUGAUGCGCAGGCUGAUGGGAGUUGUAAUCCAAAGCACCUGGAGGGCAGCGGGAGGUUGGGGGAGGUUGCUGCAGAGCCUGGCCCUCUUGCUGCCCCCCCCCAGGGCCUGCAAACUGGUGCCAAAGGAAACAGCUGUUUCCAGAUUCAUUUCCAAGCAGAGCCAGACUCGUUUCCCAAAGGUGCUUGGAAUACAGUUUGUGUGCCUGCAGACAAUGGCUGCUCUUGGAAAAUAUGACUGCAUCUCACUGCCGCUCCCCACCUACUUUCCUUUUGGGGUGAUAUAGGGACCUACGUGAGCUGCUUGAACAAAGAGGCAGGGAACAGGUGGGUUCAGUGAAUGAAGGAUACCCCUCACUACUCUCUGGGAGGUGACCACCACCUCCAUACUUUGGCCUGUAAGAAGUAAUGUGGUCUCGACGCAACAAGAAUAUGGAUGCACCUGGGGAAAACAGGGUGGAGAAGCAACAAAAGGAGACUCUGUCUUAGGGAAAAGACGAAUGUCCCCACCCCAGGACUUGGCACACUACCUAAGGCAGAUUUCCACAAUCUGCCCCAUAAGUAUCUGGGCUGAACAGAGAGGAGGAGGAUUCUGUUCCUCAGCCCCCCAUGUCUGAGCUGGUAUGUUUGGGUAAAACUGUUUUGGUAUUUUUUAGAAGUUUUUUUUAUAUAUCUCUAUAUAAAAUGUGUAUAAAGAGAGUUGUAUCAGA